ACAUAUUUGAAAGGAUUUGCGUGCAUAAGUUAUUUCUGUAUGAGGAAAGAAAACAACAACCAAGGACGGCAAUCCCUAAUUUGGCACUCCGUCGCUGGUGCACGAAAGCUUUGCAGCAAUCACGAAGACAUCGGAUGGACAAUCCGGGGGAACCUGUUGUCCUGACAAUUAUAUUUUUCUUUUGAAUGUUCUCCAGUCCAUUUCCAAUCCUAGUUCUCUUUUUUCCAUAUUGAUUCGUCGUAGCAUUUUAUGAAAGUCUAUUAAUACAUCUGCACAUACAUAGUACCUGCUUUACAUCCGAGACCACCUUCACCACUAUUCCCGUCCGCGAUUAUAAAUAUAAAUAUUGCAACCAUGUAUAUAACACCAAGAGACGACUGUGACAAUGCCACUUAUUCACACGGUACCCCGGAUACCAAUACCCGUGGGUCCGCAAGAUACAGUUUCUUACCGCCGUCAUUCCCAUCAUCCCAAGCGCGGCAUGAACUUGGGCAAGGCUUCGCAUCCAAAAAGAUCGAAGUAGCAUCAUUGGCUAUUCGCUCAGCUACACCAAGCAUUGACUUUCACACCAACUGCAAACUUCAACUUCCUUUUACACCAGCUUUACCACCCUACGAGAACGAUGAAAUGAAAUCGUCCAUAAACGACAUUACACCACCUAAUAUGGACUCGCUCUCCAUGAAAACGCGGAAUAUGCUUAUGGCCCUUCAGCGGCCAAUGGAGAAAGAAAAGACACAAAAACACCAACGCAAAACUGUCACCUUCAGCGACCGGCCACCGCUUAUCUACGAAAUCGAGCGGUGCGAUGCCCUUUUAAUGGAAAACUCCGAAGGUUGCGCUGACGAAGAGAUCGCCAGUUCCAGCAGCAGUGACGAACGUAGCAGCUGGGAUGCUACGCUGGUAGAAAAUGAACCAACACAUGCUGUGAAUAAGGAUGAAAGUGUAUCGAUCAAGUCCCCAUUGGCCUCAGGACAGUUGGAGGAGAAGCUUAAUACAACUGAUUCAAUAGCUUAUGCAAGCAAUCUGGCAAUCCAACGAAAAGGUCAACGAAUUUCGCGUGACGAAGUCUUGAAUUUAUUGGCGAAACGGAAAGAAGUUCAAAAAAUUGCAGGCCUUCAAACACAGGCUUCGCGGACGCCAUCAUUUGAUAUCGAAAAAUCGCAGUACCAAUCCAUGAACACACCUUUGGAAGAACAGAUUUUGGAGGCCAUCCGUAGAGCAAAACUAGCGACUGCUAGCUCGUACAGCGGAAAAGAAGCGACUCAUCAGGAUGACCUGAUGCGAUUCAAAGACACCAUUUCAAAGUCAAAGUACGAUGGGCCAAUCUAUCCUGCUACAUCAUCACUACCGGAAGCAACAGUUUUAGAGCACAGUGAAAAUUACGACACUCAUACUCAUACUACUGAGGACGGUUGCGAUCCAGACGAUGAUGAAAAUCCUGUGAGGAAUUCCGUAACGUCGCAUUCCUCAGAUACUUUUAAUAGCCUGGUUUGUUCCACGCCUUUGGACGGAGAAGAGCAAGCGGAUAAUACAACGAAAAUAUCAGAAUGUGAAAAUGAAAGCGAUGACGAGUACAAUGAUUGCCAAGAAGACUUCAUAGAAGGAAAUGAAGGUACGAGUAUCCUAGCUGUCUCCAAUCCUGUCUCUGAUUUCGGAAAAUCACUGAUGUCUGAAAUUGCGCGCAUCACAGGGGAUGAGAUCUUUGCUACGAAUCCCCCAAACAAGCAGAACAUUGUAGUCGUUUCUUCCGAAAAACCAGUUAUAACUUAUGAACCAUCAACCUGUGAACGGAAUGAAGUGCUUGCACCUGAAAACAUGCCAUCAAGUCGUAGCCAGCUCACCUCGCUGAAAAAGCUUGAACCGUAUCACAAUAACGAAGGACGCUUGUAUAUCAGAGUGACGGCCGCUGAAAAUCUCGAUUUUCCAAUCGACCAAGAUAACCACCGAAUCCGAUGUGUGUUAAAUUAUGGAACUACACACUACACGACUGAAUUUCAAGUGAUGGAACAUACGAUCCGGUUUUCCCAUGAAUUUCAAAUCGAUACAAAGAAACCGAUUACCGAGUUCACUCUUACGCUGCAAAUCAGUGAUAACGAAAAGUACGAAGACGCCCGAUUUAAAAAAAUAUUCGCAUACCGUAAACGACAUCAUGACGUUGGGAUUUGGCGUUACGCAAAUCACACAGACGGCUCGAUAUGUCAAAGCAGGGUGCCUAUUGGCGAAAUCGUCGAUAAAUGCAUCCUCAAAGUUUGUAAUGCAUCUUUUGCCCUGGUAAAUGGCUGGUACCGACAGGAGCGCACCAGUAUCCUUGCAUCACGGAUCAAGAAGAAGCAUUUAAGGCAUGAAAAAGCCGUAGGCAAGAUCAGCGCACAAUUCUUUUUCAUACCUCACACAGUUUCGCCAAAAGUAAGCCUCUAGACAAAUGUCAACCAGCGUUUGUAUCAUAGCUUGACAUGUAAAUAUAGC